UCCCUCUUCACCGACCGUGAACGGUCAUAUUUCUUUUGAAACUGUCAGAAAAUGGAAAACCGAGCACGUUAACAUUUGGCUGCAAGAAAAUAAUUUUCCAGAGUAUCAACAACUUUUCGCAGAGAAUGAUAUCAACGGCGAUGUGCUCUUAGAGAUAGACUAUAAAGAACUUAAAGAAUUGAACAUCGAUUCUAUAGGGGAUCGAGUCAGGAUAUUGUCGGCGGUGAGAAAUUUGCUAAAAAUAUGUGCAGACAGCAAUCAUCCGUAUUAUAUGUCUAUCAAUUAUUCAAAGGAAUUAAAUUCGCCUGAACUGGAUAGAUUCCCGAUGACGCUGUCACGAUCUGAUUCUAAUUCUCGAAGGGUUACUCGUAUCAACUCAACUAAUAAAGGAAGCAACGGAAGGCCCAAGUCUCCGCAGCAUGUUAAGCAUUGUAUAAAAGUUAUUGGAGAAAAUCAAACGCGAACUAUUACCAUAGACGACGUCAGUGAUGCCGAAUCUAUUUUGGCUAGGGUUUUGCAAAAGUUCAAUAUCAACGAAGAUGUCGAAAGAUAUUCAUUAUUUACUACUAGCGAGACCGGAACCGCGCGAAGUUUGUCCGACGACGAAUUGGUGGAAAUCUGUAAGAGCGCGGAUAGGCCCGAGCGAGAUAGAUUGAUUCUGCGGAAAAAGCAUCAACCAAUGAGUUACGAAGAGAUGAAGCGACGAAAUCGGGAUAAGAAAUUAACAGAUUUCUUUGGAGAAAAGCCACCAAGCACGUCGCAAGCACCACAAGUGGGGAUAUCACAGAAAAAACUACGAAACUUCUUCGGACAACGACCUCCAUCAGAAUUGAUUUCAUCAAAUUUGACCGAAUAUUUCCCUGGUCAUGUUAGCGAGGAACUGGAACGUAGUGCACGGAACUCUAUCAGAAGAUCUUCAAGACUUUCGGCUGCAUCUAGAUAUUCAAAAACAAGAUCUAAACGCAUAUCUAGACUUUAUGAUGACGACGAUGGAGGUAGCAGUAGGUUAAAUACUUUAUUAGCUCCUCCAACUGAUGAUUCUAGAUCGGCCAUCCUGGAAGAGGAAGCUGAGGAAAUAGAAAAUUUUGAGGAAUUUGACGGAUUUGAAGAGGUGGAAGAAGAUUGGUCUCCAAACCAAGAAGACGAGAGUUCGUCUCUCAAAUGGAUAAAGGGCUCCCUGAUCGGCUUGGGUUCUUUUGGUAGCGUAUACCUUGGACUUAACGCUAUCACCGGUGAAUUGAUGGCGGUUAAACAAGUAGAGUUGCCCACGGGACAAUCUGCACAUGAAGAACGCAAGAUAUCAAUGUUGGACGCCCUGCAACGAGAAAUCUCACUAUUAAAAGACUUGCAUCACGAAAACAUUGUGCAAUACCUAGGCUCACAACAUGACGAAAAAACUCUAAAUAUUUUCUUGGAAUAUGUUCCCGGUGGAUCGGUCGCUACAAUGCUCAACACUUACGGUCCAUUAGAAGAAACGUUAAUUCGAUCAUUUGUACGACAAAUUUUGCAAGGAUUAACCUAUCUCCAUGAUAAAGAAAUCGUUCAUCGUGAUAUCAAGGGUGCCAAUAUUCUAGUCGACAACAAGGGUGGAAUAAAGAUAUCUGAUUUUGGUAUCUCGAAAAAGGUGGAAGAUCAAUUUAGAGCAGCGCAGAGGCCAUCUUUGCAAGGUUCCGUGUUUUGGAUGGCUCCCGAAGUAGUAAAACAGACAGCCUAUACAUACAAAGCCGAUAUAUGGAGUUUGGGAUGUUUAAUUGUCGAAAUGUAUACCGGUGAACAUCCGUUCCCAGAGUUCAACCAGAUGCAGGCAAUGUUUAAGAUUGGAACACAAUCUUGUUCGCCUGAAAUUCCCGAUGGCGUUUCUAAUGAGGCAAAAGAUUUCUUAAAGAAAACCUUUGAAUUAAACCACGACGAUCGACCCACAGCCAAAGUGCUUUCGGCGCAUCCAUUUGCCUCAUCAACUUCAAUUAAAUCUAGCUCGGUCUCAUCACCAUGA